UCUGGUUCCUGUUUUGGUUCAUGCAAGCUUUUUGAAAGGAUCCACAGUAAUGCUAUGAAUUAUUGAUGUUUUUGCUCGAGUCGCAGAUUUAUUAUAACAGAGUGGACAGCACACCGCUUGGCGCAAGAGAAAUUAUGUCGGGCUGUGCAAUGGAACAAGACAACAACUCCCUUUGGUCGCCUGUGUGAUGCGGGAAAUUAUAAAUGUACAAGUCGGACAAUGCGGAAACCAAAUUGGUUAUAAGGUGCUUUAACAAUUUACCACUUUAAAUCCCCACUUGCGUGUAGCUACAAAAACAUUACUGAGUGAGAUAAUUUCUUUGUUUGCCGUUCAAUUUACACGUAGCGGGAACUGUGAUUUUAAAUUUCCAUUAUUGUUGUGGUAGUUUUGGGAAAUUCUUUGCGCGGAACAUGGAAUAGACGAGGAGGGGAGCUACAAUGGAAGUUGUAACUCGCAGUUGGAGAAAAUCAAUGUUUACUUCGCCGAGGGUGCUGGUAGGUAAUGCCAGAGAACAGCAGUAGUUGUUUAUAAUAUCUGAAAACCGCUCUUAAUUCUAACUGUGAAGCUUAAUGUUGAGACUGCAGUAAAACUGCGUUUAAUUGGAGUGUUAUAAUGUUUUUGCUGGCUGCAGGCAAUAGAUAUGUACCGCGUUCGGUCCUUGUCGACUUGGAGUCAGGCACGAUGGAUUCACUUCGUUCCGCGCCGUUUGGGAAGGUCUUUCGACCUGACAAUUUUAUUUUUGGUAAGUCCGUAGUGUGGCUGGUACGGUCAUGUAAAUAACGAAUAUAUUUAAGAACAGCUUAAGUGCCUCUGCUUUCACGUGUAUAAGCUAUUUAAAUUUAUACACUCUAAUGACUUUGAAACUCUAUUUUGGGAAAUGGGUGCAGUUUCAAGACUUUUCGAUCACUUUUACGAAGUUUUUAGAACUUUAUCAGUUAUAUAUCGUAAAAUUGUUUGUUAUCUUUUAGACUGCCUAAGUGUCUCAGAUUCCAAGGAACGUUUUUUUGGUAGAUAAACAAUGAAUUAUUAAAUUGUUUUUUUUUUUCUCAAGACUGUUUUUGUUUCCGGUAAUUUCUGUUUUACUCAGUUACACUGAGUCACUUUCUUGGGUUCUCGACUUUUCCCUCAAUGCUCAUCAUAUCCGGCGUCACUAAAGCGUGUUCAUCUUUUCUUUUGAAACUUUCAUCAGAGAAAACGUUGCAGUCAAAAUUGCCAAUAGGUAUUAUCCUCUUCUUGAGCUCCAUUUUAAUGACGAAAUAAAAAUUUCAUAGACAGAAGAAUGAAUGCUUGACCCAGCUUUCAGAAUGUAGCUCAUUCAGCAAUUUUGCAUUGUGCCUAGUGUGGCGUGUCACCCGAAGCUUUCAAAACAGAAAUUUCUAGUACGUGCAAAAUGGAAUAUAAAAUUUAAACUCUUGCAUAUAGUGACUAUGCGGAAUUUGCCAAAUAUUUCUUAAUAUAUUGCACCACAGAAAAGUCAUGCCCGAAAGCGUGUAUUUCAUCUUUCACACAGUGGGAACUCAUCCAAAGAGCAAAACAUACAACAACCUUUUUAAUUGCUUUGCUCGACUUCUCACUGCCGGCUGAACUUCCAAAGAGAAUAUCUUUUCAUACGACAGUAACAUUUCCUGCUGGCAUACUUUUUCCUUUUGAAUGCCGACGCGUAUACUGACGUCUUAAUAAAUAUUAAAAUGCAUUCUUGUAUAAGUUUGUUUAAGGUGCGUCCUCCCCUAAUGAAUUAAGCCUGUAAUACAAUUUCGUCAACCGUGAAGGAGUCUAAUGGUUAAAGCCUUUAAACAACGUAACAAAGAAAAGAUAAAUGUCUUGUAAUUGAGUGGUUGCUUUGGUAAAUUGAAUAACGUUUGUUUAAAGGGCGGCCUGUCUAUGAUUAAAACUCCCACGAGAACGCUAUUUUUCUCUACCCCCUACGUGUACCAGGGAUUCGGGAAAAAAGCAUGAUUUCAACGAGUCGCACUCCUUCUUGGAUAGCAAAACCACUACAUAUUUGUAUUAGUACAGGUUUAAAAGCCAGGCCAAGGACUUUGUGAUUCUGAAAGUUUGAAAUUUGGACAGCUGGAUACCUGGCCAAAGUUUUAUUUUAAAACUCUCUGCUGCAGCGUAAGCUCAAGAUCGAGAACAAAGGUGACGGGAUGAAGGGCAAUAAACUGAUGACUCGAAAAGGGAGAGCAAUCCUGCCGGCGCGGAAGGCGUUUAAGGCGUUUGAACGGAAAGGAAGAAUCAUGCUAAGGGACACGCCUUAAUUUUCUCUUUCCCUUCCUCUUCGCCACCACUCAGGCUAAGAGAGAGAGAGAGAGUUUUUAAAUCAUCUCUCCCUAUAUCUCGUUUAUUCAAGUACCUACUCGCUCAAAUGGUCAAAUAAUACAAGGAGUUCGAGUUCGAGGCAAAGCAAGGCAGGAAACUGCAAAGAGCGGAAACACUUGCGCAACCAAUAUGCGCAACCUACAAGUAAAUCACGUGUCACAAUCCAUCUCAUCCCCAGUGCUUUCUCCUCUUUAACACUACUAUUCUUUCGUUUAAACGUUACUUCACUCCUUAGCUUCAUUGACGAAUGUCGUAUUUGAAUACCAACGGUUCCAUUGUUGGUGUUUUAUUAACUGCAGAUCGCUGAAUUGUUACCAAAGAUUCCGUAGCUAGCAUUCACAGUUUCAUUCGAUACAACCAAAGGUACGUUUUAGGAGAAAUUCAGUCGUACUUCAGACUGAUUUUUAUUUUCCUAUUCUCCUAGGCGAAUGCGGCGCGGGAAACAACUGGGCCAAAGGCUUUUACACAAAUGGAUGUAAUCUACUUGAACAAGUUAUGGACGCAGUUAGGAAAGAAGCUGAGGGAUGCGACUCGAUCCAGGGCUUUCAGUUGGCGCACUCACUGGGCGGUGGCACUGGGUCUGGGCUCGGAACUUUGAUACUGUAUUACUUAAGAGAGGAGUUUCCAGAUCGGAUUCUAAGCGCCGCCAGCGUAUUUCCGUCUCCGAAAGUUUCCGAGAUUGUCAUUGAGCCUUACAAUGCAACUCUGGCUGUUCAUCAGUUGAUAGAAACUACAGAUGAAGUGUUCUCUUUCGACAAUGAAGCGCUGUAUGAUAUCUGUUUUAGAACGCUUAGACUUGAUACCACAACAUAUUCGGAUUUGAAUCAUGUAAUAUCGACCACUUUAAGCGGUGUCACUACUUGUCUCCGUUUUCCUGGACAGGUGAGUUAGUCCUGAUCAUACAACUUACUUAGCCUGAAAGUUUCUUUAAGCGCGGUAACGGCAAAAUUUUCCCGCAAAUAAAGUUUCACAGGUUAAAUUACCCUCAGUGGGUGCAGAAAUUAUGAGUUUUUGCCUGUCCAAGAUGAAUUUUUAAAAAAACUGAAAAAACAGUAUAGGAAAGCAUUUUAAGCAAAGAAAAAAAUAGUAAGCCGGUAGAGAAAAGCUAAAAAAGGUGUGAAUGCCUUCAUACUAAUUUGCUUAGACUUCCUGCAGGCAAUUUUUUCAAAACAAAAGGCUACGUUCUCCCCGAUUUGCGAUAUCCGAAACCCGUUACUGCUCAGUCAUGGAGAAAACUAUGAACAACAUAAACCCGGGCAAAAGCGGUUAGGGAGAAGGGGAAAUUGGGAAAACUGAGCGUACCUCUGAAAAAUUUCGAGCUACGCACCUGACACGACUAAAGGUCUCGCUACCUGCGGGGAGAAUGACUGAAUGAAAUGAAAUGUGAAACGAAAUGUUUCUUUUUUCAGUUAAACGCAGACUUGCGUAAGCUUGCUGUCAACAUGAUUCCUUAUCCACGGCUUCACUUCUUUAUGCCGGGCUUUGCACCGCUGACCAGUAGGCGGUCACAAACAUUUCGUACUCUCACAGUACAGGAGUUAACUCAGCAAAUUUUUGACGCCAGAAAUGUCAUGAUUGCUUGUAACCCCAGAAAUGGCAAGUACCUGACUUACGCUGCAAUGUUUCGCGGUCAGAAAUUAUCAAUGAAGGAAGUAGAAGAUCAAAUGGCGAGAGUCCAGGACAAAAACUCGGGACAUUUCGUUGAAUGGAUCCCGCACAAUGCCAAAGUUGCAGUUUGCAAUGUACCACCGCAUGGAAUGAAAAUGUCGGCUACAUUCAUUGCUAACAACACAGCCAUACAAGAACUGUUUAAACGGCUUAACCUCCAGUUUAGGGUCAUGUACAGGAGAAGAGCUUUUCUUCACUGGUUCACUGAAGAGGGAAUGGACGUACAACAGUUUACACAGGUAAGGGCUUAUAUUUAUUUUUGCUGAUCUACACAUACAACACUUAGAAGCCUUAGCGCGAAACACCUCCUCAGUCCCUAGCUAGUGGGGCGAAAGUCUUGUGGCUGCAAGAGAAUUUGGAACGUUUGACAUUUUUGUUUCUUUUGCUUUUUUACUUUUGUUUUUGCGCCGGGCGAGUAAAUAAACCGCAACAACAAAGGAAUUUUUAAUAACACAACCAACAACUCUGCACGUACUUCACACUUUUCAGUUCACUUUUUUGCCGUCACUGUAAGACUACGACGUAAAACUCCAUUAUUCCACUUUAUCAUGAUUAUGUAGACGACCACGUAUUUUUAUAUCUCUAGUAAACUAGGGUGUGGUCCCCGAAAAACUAAUCCAGAGAAAUUUUCAUCCGUUUGACAUUUUAUGCGAGCUUGAAUUAUCGCUACAAAGUUUGAAAAAACGCGAAGUUGUCUUAUAACUGAAAAUUUCGUCGCCGUUGCCGUUACUGAAGCUCUUUAACAAAAGCGUGAUCUUAAGCGCAAGCAGUAACACAUCUGCCUUUCCUUGUUUAAAUUUGGCGCCAAAAGAAGAAGCACUACGGCGACCGCGUCCUGUGUGUGCACCUUCGCGACUGACAAGACUAGCAAUCAUUUCCAAGUGCGGAAUCCGUGGAUUAAGUGGCAGUUGAUUUCGAUUUUCGCCGAAAUUUAUAAUUCUUGCCAAACGUUUCUGUUUGAGCAAGGCAGAAGAGGUUCACUUUUCUAGUUUCCUCCCAUCGCCCCUAUUGUCGACCUUACGCUUGCUACCCGCUCUUGAGUGAAACCAGGAGCACCCAACGUCAAUUUCAUUAAUAUCUGUUCGUUUGAGAUCUAGAAUUUUCGUUUUUUUGUAAAAUUUCUUGCUUGCCUACUUCUCCUAUUUGCUAAAAAUUGUUCUUGCCCAUUUUUAAACAUUUUUACCCUGUUUCACGGAAAAGGUAAGUUUUGUUCACGGAUCUUGAGAAAGUCAGCUAGGAAAUCUUUUUAGGGGAUAAAAAUAUGCCUAUAUCUACCGUUUAAAUACUAAAAUACGUUUAACAAUGCUAUGUUUAAGUGGUUUUGAACUAUAUUCUCGUUGGGUGCCCCUGUGAAACGCAGUAUUACACUCUAAUUUCAUUAUAUAUAAUGUUUUCUCACUAUAUGGGUGGUUGAAACGUUAACGAUUGUAAGGACGACUGUUAUGAUAUGAAGAUGUCAGGUUACAAACAAAACCUGACCUUUCGCAUCUGACUAGAUUAAUGCUAUUUUUCAUUAUAGGCUGAGUCAGACAUGUUGGACCUGAUUUCAACUUAUCAACAGUGUCAGGAUCUUCAAGUGGAUAAUAGUGUUAAUGAUAUAGAAAUAAAGGACCUUGAGGAGUUCGAGGACUCACUGGAGACCUGGGACUGUGUGGAUAAUCACGUGGAGGGACAUGUAAAUGGCCACACUCUAUCCUCUGAAAGCUGAUUUGUAUUUUCACAAACUUAAAAGUACUAUAUAGUUUUGCUAGUUUCAAUCAACUGGACUGGAACAAUGUAAAACUGGAUUUUCCAAAUUGGAAUAUAAGUUGCCGCCUUAGUUGACUAUGUUAGAGAGGCAGCAGCCCGGAUUGGACUUGUGUUCACACAUAAGAAUGGUGAUUUCAGCGCGGUUUCUG